CAUCGAUUCAACAUUCAGCUUAAUUCCUUCGAUUAGUAAGUCCCCACUCCACUACUACGUACCUAAUCUUCAGAAGUCGCGGAGUUCAUACAGAUCAGUCAGCAGUAUCCACUAACACAGCAAGAACAAGAGAAGAUGGCGGGUGCAGCGAAGGCAUCGUGGAUGGUGGCGAUGAGCGUCGGCGCGGUGGAGGCGCUCAAGGACCAGGCCGGCCUCUGCCGCUGGAACUAUGCUCUGCGGUCCAUCCACAGGGCGGCCAAGGCCAAGGCCAGCAUCCGCGGCACCGUCUCGCAGGGCAAGAAGCAGCUUCCGGCAUCCGCCGCGGCGGUGGCGGAGAGGCGGCGAGCGGAGAAAGCAGAAGAGGGGUUGAGGACUGUGAUGUACCUCAGCUGCUGGGGACCCAAUUAGUAGCUGCAAUCACUAGCUAGGCGUGUUCAACCAUGGCAUGAGACUUGGCUGGUUGCUU